GAUCGAUUCCUCGAGCUUCGGACUGAGCGAAUGAACGCAGUCGCUUGUCGUCCAUAGUCCACCACACAUCAUGUCGGCUUCGAACUCGACCUCAGACUCGGCGGCCUGGAAAGCCAUCGCAGCCCGCAAGCAGGCCUCGCGCGCCGCACGGAUCCCUUCGAAAUGGCACAUCCCAUCCAGCGUCCUGCCCAAGGACCCCCCGAGCCUAGAGCACGGUCCGCAAAACGUGCUGGGCGUGCCUCGCCAGUUCCUCUCACGCUCGGAGAUCGAGAUCACUGAAGACUACACGGUCGAAAGCCUCCUCUCGGCGCUGGCAAGCAAGAAGCUGUCCUGCGAAGAAGUCGCUGCGGCGUUCUGUCACCGUGCGGCCAUCGCCCACCAACUCACAAACUGCCUGACCGAGCCGCUCUUCGACUCGGCCAUUCAGCGCGCCAAAGAGCUGGAUGCAUACCUAGCACAGAACGGGAGACCGUUUGGUCCGCUCCACGGGUUACCCGUGUCUGUCAAAGACACGUUCAACGUCAAGGGCGUGGAUACGAGCAUCGGCCUAGCUUAUCUAUGCGAAAAACCCGCGACGGAGAACGCCCCGUUGGUCAACCUGCUGUUGUCGCUGGGCUGCGUGAUCGUGGCCAAGACGAACAUCCCCCAGACGCUCGCAUCGCUCGACAGCAUCAACAACGUCUUUGGAAGAACGAUGAAUCCGAUCAACCGACUGUGCACAGCCGGUGGCUCGAGUGGCGGCGAGGGUGUCCUUGUUGCCAUGAAGGGAAGUAUCCUUGGGAUAGGAACGGAUAUUGGCGGCAGCAUCCGUGUGCCGGCCAUGUGCAACGGCGUGUAUGGGUUCAAACCCUCCAACAACCGGAUCCCCUACGGCGGCCAGGCACUGACGGGAAGAGAAGGAAUGAGCCGCACGAGCGUGCAGGCUGUGGCGGGGCCCAUAGCGCGGAGCGUGAGGGACAUUGACGUCUUCUUGCGCGAGGUGAUACCGAGAGCGACCAUGUGGGCGGAGGAUUGCAUGCCGUGCCCAUGGCCCCUCUCCGAUCCUUCUCCUCGGUCGCUCCAGGGCAGCGGGCCCAAUGGUGAAAUCGUGAUCGGCAUCCUGCGGAGCGACGGGAACUGCACCCUCCUGCCCCCGAUCACGACCAUCCUCAACGAAGUCUCGGUCGGGCUCUCAGGCGCCAGCACGCGCGCGGGCGCCAAGAUCCUGGUCAAGGAGCUGCUCACCCCGCGGGCGUGGACGCGCUCGCAGUCGGUCAUGAGCAAGCUCAUGGGCGUGGACGGCGGGGUGGUCAUGAACCAGAUGAUCCAGGCGACGGGCGAGCCACUGGUGCCGUGGAUGCAGACGCGGUUCCGGUCGGGCAAGCCGCAGGCGCUGGAGCGCGUGGCGGAGCUGCAGGCGCAGCGGGCGCAGCUGGAGCGCGAGAUGCUCGGGCUGUGGAGCGAGGUCGACGCGCAUGGCCGCCGCCGGCCGGUCCUGGACGCCAUCGUCUGCCCCGUUGCGCCGCACCCGGUCCCGCCCAUCGAAGGCUACAACGCCGUCGGCAUGACCUCCUCCUGGGUCCUGUUCGACUACCCCGCCGGCACCGUCCCUGUGCGGCCCGUCGUCGAGGCCGACCUGGAACUCGGCCGGCCGCUGGCCGCCGGCAACGUGCUGGGCAGCUGGGACGAAAAGUGCCGCGAGCUGUGGGACGAACACGUCACGGACCGCAGGGUCUACCUCGACACGCCGCUGAGCGUGCAGGUCGUCGUGCAGAGAGGGCGCGACGACUGGCUGUGCAAGGUCAUGGGCGUGAUCGACGAGGUGAUGAAGUCUCAAUCUCAAUCUGCUGCUGGGGGUGUCAAGGCGAGAUUGUAAAUCGACGACGACGACGACCAGUCUGCGGUCAGAAAAUUUAAAAGAAGAAUGCAUUCCAUCAAUCCAUCAAUCAUUCAUCCAAGUAAAGAACCAAGCACUCGUUCGAUCACUUAAUACUGGAUUUUGCACGGUGGCGGAGGAGAAAGCCAAUGUUCCCAUUACGAAUUAACUCAGUUUGGUGACAUACCAACUUAUGCAAUGUCUCGAUGUAGCUGGACAGCUAUGUUGGUAUGUGAUGAGUGGCCCUCCCGCCGCCGAACUGACCCUCGUCUCUGAUUAGUAUGCCGAU